AUGGAGCAAGCCAGCAACCAAGCGGAAGAGUGUCUGAAGACGCUAAUGGCCAAGGAGAAGGUUGGGUGUGGGCUCCCGAUGGAUGCCAACAGGGUUAUCAUGUAUUUUCAUUCCCCAAUUCUGUCACUCUACACAUUCAGCAAACCACGAAUCUUCGCAUACAAGGACGAGAUAGUCGAACUUUUGGAUACAAUCGAGUACUUUGCAAAUAGUGACUAUGGAUCCGCUUCUGAUGACG